CGAUUACAACGGACAAGACAAUGAUUGUAGAAAAUUAGUAGUACUAGCGGAAAAAAGAGAAGACAAAGCGCUGAACCACAUUGUCAUUUUGCUGCAUUGUCAUCCAGUCCUAUUGAUCUGAUCUCACUCACAUGCAAGGAGUCCAAACAUCGAAGAACCUCCCCCCUAGACCAUACACCGAUGAAAGGUGGAGGAUAAUGGAAGAGGAAGAUGAAGAGCAGGAAGAGGAAAGGGAGGAAGAGGAAGAGCAGAAAGCCGAAGAGAAGGAAGAGGAAGAUCAGAAAGACGAAGAGCAGGAAGAGGAAGAGCAGGAAGAGGAAGAGGAGGAAGAGGAAGAGCAGAAAGUCGAAGAGCAUGAAGACGAAGAGCAGGAAGACGAAGAGGACGAAGAUGAGGAAAAAGAACUAGAAGAAGAAAGGAAUAAGAAGAAGUCUGACGAAGACGAACAAGAAGAAAAAGAAGAAGACCCAAUGUCGGCAGCGCUGAGUAAUAAUAGUCUCUCCUCCACCUCUCACUCCCCUCAACCUCCACACAUCCUCCAGUGAUGAAUCGCAGAUACUGAAGA